AUGAAGAAAGUCAUCCCAUCUGUUUUUGCUGUCCAGGCAAAUGCCUCCAGUACUGUCUACCAGUCUGAGCUUCGAUGCGUCAUUGUGACGGUUUCAAACAUACCUUUCAUAGUGACUCCAUCUCCUCCUCCUAAAACAUCUCAUGUUAAGGUUGUGAAGCUGAAGAUCAAGACUUCGAUGUCACUGAAAGACAACAAGAUGAAACUGGAGAAAGCGAAAAUCAUGAUGAAGGAGAGCGUCCAUCUCCUGCCUGCCAAGGUCAGGCCGGCCCACGUAGAAAACCCACCUGGACACAGCCAGAGACCUGGAGAGACGAGAAGAGACGACGAGCAACAGCAGAAAAAUCUCAACGGUUGUCAGACUAAACUUAGUGAUGACAAUUAUGUUGUGGCUCUGAAUGGCAAAAUCUCCACCAGUUUGUCACUGGAAAAUGAUUAUGGGACCAUUGUGAAGCAGGUCAGUAACUUCAUGUACGGAGACGCAGGCGGAGUUUCAGGAACCGAGUCGUUCACCAUGUUGCUCUUUGCUCUGGUAGCGAUAAUUGGCUGGACAGAAGCUGGUUAUUAUGGCACUGUGUUUUCUCACACCACUAAAGAUGUACAAGGAAACACAUUUACAGUAGUGCGUCGCGUUAAGUUGACCUGCAGCUCAUGUGCAGAGAUUGAGUCAUGGUGGAGUUCCACUGAUAAGAUUGAAGAAAUCAGCGGUGAAUGGUGUCUGAAAGAGCGUACCCAGAAGUUCACUGGUUGGAGUUUCAACUAUUACUCGAACAGGUGGGAUACUCCAGCCUGGAUAAAUAACAGAAACGGUGUUUCAUCUGGCCGAUUUCGGAUCACAUAUGAGCUGAGAAAACGAUCCGACAUCAACAGACCGAACUCAUCACCACAGACCGGCAUCAUUCCUCUUAUCAGAGUUCCCUCAAACUGUCAGAGGGAUAUCAACUUGUUGACCUUUGACCCUGAUGGAGAUAACGUUCAAUGCAGAUAUGGAUCCAAUCCCAGUGAAUAUGAGUGUUACAACUGCACAGCACCGUCUGUCCUCAGUCUCUCAUCAGCUUGUUCUCUAUCAUUCAGUCCAACUAACAGCAGUAAUGAAGGUUCAUAUGCAGUUCAGCUGAUGAUGGAGGAUUUUCCCAGAUGGUCAAUCACUUUGACUCAUUACAAUGGUUCAACUUAUUCAUGGAGGCCCAGCAACUUCAUGAGCCGAAUCCCUGUCCAGUUUGUUUUCAAAGUGGAUCCUGCAGCUCCGUCCUGCACAGCAGGUGAAUAUCUGCCCAGGUUUCUGCCUCCAACUCCUGAACAUGGAGCUCAGUUCUUCAUAGACCUUAAUGAGAAGAUAGAAAUCAGCAUCAGAGCAGAGGCGACUCAGUCUGUGAUCACUGGGAUCCAGUUCAGCGGACCGUUCAACAUGGCCAAGAGUUCAUCUGGUUCAGAAUAUUUCACCCUGAGAUGGACGCCGUCUGUCAUUGAUGAUGAAGAAAGUCAUCCCAUCUGUUUUGCUGUCCAGGCAACUACCUUUCAUAGCGACUACAACUACUCCUCCUAA